CCAACAUCCUCAACUGUAGCACCAACGUCGACAACUGAUGCAGGAACCACAACUAUGUCUGAAACCACAACAACUGUUGGUGCAACAACAACAACUUUGGCAACCACAGGUAACCAACCAAAAUCCUCAUCUGUAGCACAAACGUCAACAACUGAUGCAGGAACAACAACUAUGUCUGACAACACAACAACUGUUGGUGCAACAACAACAACUUUGGCUACCACAAACACCUCUCAAACAUCUUCAACUGUAGCACCAACUUCGACAAAGGACACAGCAACCACAACUAUGUCUGACACCACAACAACUGUUGGUGCAAAAACAAACACAACUUUGGCUAUCACAAGCACCUCUAUUUCUUUCUCAACUGAAUCAUCAAUGUCUACAUCUGAUUCAGCAAUCACAACUAUUUCUGAUAUGACAACAACCAUUGAUGCAACAACAUCAAAUUUUGUACGCACUACCACCCUUCCAACAUCACAAACUAUAGCAUCGACGAAAGCAUCAACCACUACAAUUCAUACAGCAACCUCAACUAUGCCUGAAAUCACAACAACUAAUAUGGGAGAGAUAACAACAACCUCAGCUUCCAGAAGCGCAAUGGCUUCCACAACCACAACAAACCCUAAAACAUUUUCAACUAAAGAAACAACCACUACAACUCAUCCAAAAACAACAACUAUGUAUGAAGGUAAAAGCACAACUAUAGCUCCCACAGCUACCACUACAAAAUUGGUGAAGGUCUCAACAACAGAACCAAACACUACAAUUCAUUCAACGACCUCAACUAUGGCUGACACAAGAACAACUAUUAGUGAGAAAACAACAGCAACAUUGGUUCCCACAAACACAAUGACCCAUCCAACAUUCGCGACUAACACAGCAACCACUAUAACUGAUGCAACAAUCUCACCUGUGCCUGAAACAAAACAAAUAACAACUAAAACCAUGUCUACGUCAUCAGCAACUGCCAAUGUUACAUCAAUAAAGCCAAUCACUCAAACCGCCAUAUCAGGAACUAUACCAUCAAAUGUCACUCAGGCAGCAAUAACCCGAUUCAUCACAACUUCAACUCUAACAGUGACAGACAAGACAUCUCUGAAACCUGGACAAACACCAAAUGUGAUUGGGAGGGUGAUUAUUUACAUUCGACUCAUAUUUAUCACACUGGGCCCUAUACCAAGUGAGGGUAAAAUAAUAAAGUUAGCUAACUCUCUCCUGGACUCACGUCUCAGAAUCAAACGAGAUCUAAGUAACCCUGUGAGCUUUGUGAAUGUUACUUAUACAAAAAUUUCUAAUACUGCAUAUGCCCUGAAUUUUGGAUUUCAAAUCAACAAUGUUUCCAUGUCAGAGAAACUUGAACUCAGGAAUAGCACAUAUCAGUUAAUUCAGGACCCUAUAAAUAAACUGCUGAACCAGAUCCUAACUGACCCCACAGCCUCUCCAUUUCUGUUCAAUGGCACCAGUUUCACGGGUAAUUCCACCACUAUUGAGGCUAAUGUACAGUAUGUUUUCUCAGAAAGUGACAUCAAGACACCCAGUGCCUUUCUCAAUGCACUUCUUGGGGUUAAUAUGGAGACUAUUACCACAACUACACCUGCUGCAACAAGAACCACUUUUUUCCCCACAGUGCUGAGCACUUCAAUCAUAAACAACAGCACUAGUGUAGCAUGGAUUGUAGCCAUAAUCGUCCCGUGUGCUAUUGCCAUCAUACUUGUACCGUGCUGGAUUUUCCUUUGUUGUUUGCUCUGUGGAGGCUGCACAGCAUUAAGACGACGUUGGCACAGAAGACAGUCAUACAAUGUACAAUACACCACUCGAAACAGCCUUUUAUAAAGAACUAGAGACUCGUUUCAAUAAGAGAAAUACAUCAGGAAAUAUUACUAGCACGAAUUACUUAUAUUACUAAUCCAAAUUGUGACAAUGGUACUUUAAAUUCAGAUUUAUCUUUCUAUAAUAAAUAUAUCUUAGAGAUUUUAUUAUCACAACAUACUAUUUAUUAUUUUCUUGUGCCUGUAUUGCUGGACAGACAGGAUCUCAAAUUGUGAUGAAUGUAAUUUAUUUUCAGAAUUUAAAAAUAUAUAUAUUUAAUGUUACAAUAUUUACAUUCUACAAUAAUAAUAUUUGUUUUCCAACUUAUUUAUUUGAUAUUACACGUUUAAUUUUGAGGGACAAUAUGGAUAAUGUUAAACCUAUUCACUUUUUAUGCACUUUAUCUUUGUGUAACUCAAAUAAAAAAAAUCAUACGCCAUGUACACCAAAAAAAAAAAAUGAAAGUGUAGCACUUCAUUAAAAUUACUUCUGUUCUAAUCUGACAAGAUUAUUUGUAUUUCAGUAAAGCAUCACACAAAUGCUAAAUACACAAACAGCUGAUUUCACCUGUUAAAUCACAACCACUUGAUACAUUUAUGACCAAAUGACUACUGAUGAUCUAACAAGUGUAAACACCAU